UUUAACAGCACUGUAGGUCCAAAGAUUUACACCAGGACUGGUGAUAAAGGUAAUACACAAGUGUUUCUUCUGAUAUCCUAGUGUAUAUUGUUUGCUCUUACUUAAUCACCUUUUGAGUUUCAGACUUCUUAGAAUCAAGUGUUUAGGACUUUUUCAAUAAAACAUUUCUUACUUUAUUGAAUAGGAUAUACAAGUACAUAUGGUGGAGAACGGCGGUUAAAAACUGAUGUGUUAUUUGAAGCACUAGGAGCUACUGAUGAACUUUCUAGCGUUAUUGGGUAAGUAAGAAUAAUUUUAGAUUCAGUAAAACGUUUAACCUUUAAGUUUGGUAAAGCUUCUACCAGUUUCUGGGUCACAUCUGUAGAUUGUAAUACUGAUUGAUUGAUCCAUGUUGUUAAUUUCUUUUCAUGGUAAUUUUGAUUGACAAUCGAAAACUAACUGCCUCAGAAUGUGUUAUUGUUUUCUUGUUAUCUGAUUGGUCAAUUUUGUCUAGGUGGCCCCAAUUGUGGUAGACACACUGUUCCUGUAAGAUAAGAAAUGGUACAUUUAUGUAUGUCGAUGAUUCUUUCACCACAUAAAAUACUACUUUUGGUUACUGUUAACAUUGCAGAGUUGCAUGUGAGUAUUGUGAAGAAGCAGGUCAUAAAGAGGUCGUUUCGAAGCUUGAAGAGGUAUCAUUGUACCAUGCUCUAUCAUGGUAAAAUAAAUUUUGAAAGUUUUGCUAAAUUGAGUUACAAAUCAAGCAAAGUUUCUGGGGCUAUUUCAAAAAAUGAAGUCCUUUAACAUUAUUAUAACUGUGGGUAUCACAGUUUGAAUUCAUGUCAAGCAACAAAUUAACCUAAACCCUGUCCUAUGAACAGCCCCUCUUAGUGAGGGGAUAGGGCAAAGCGGAAGCAAGAAGUGUGAUAAGAUGGGAAACAGAAAAAAGUAGAGAGGAAGGGAAGAAGGAUAGCCUGUAGACUUUGUGCCACUAUUCCACCAGUCAUAAAUUAUCCUUUGAUCAUCUGUCAAGAAACAUCAUCAAUUUGUUGCUAGUAUUGCCGGUGACUAUAAGAAACUUGAAUAAUACAACACUAAGCUUACUGUUAUAGCCAAGGAUUUGAUGGCCCUAUUGUUUUCAGUGUACCACUGUACCAGCAAUCUCUGCCCAUCUAUACAGUCAUUUAACAUGAUGUUUGUCCAAUAUUAUUGAACAUUCAAAUUUUGAUGCCCGUUGUUUUGACUCUUGUUACAUAAGCUGUGCCAGACUUGCAGUGACACUGCAACAGCUUUGGGAAAAAAGCUCAUUCUCUCUUUUAAAAUUAUCUUCCCCACACAACCUGUAGUGGUUGGUCAUGUUGAACCAGAUUUUUUUGCCAAAUAACAAGCACUCAUGUAAAGUUUUACUGGCAAUCUAAGCUUAUCAUAAACAAUGAGGGGAAUUCAACCAUACUUGGUAUUUAUUGCCUGUAGAUCCAGUGCAUUCUUCAAGAUGUUGGCUCAAAUGUGGCAACUCCUCGGCAGUCCUCAAGUGAAAGGACCCUAAGUUAGUGUUCUUUUUGGAUGCAUUUUUAUGAUCUUGAGACUCUAGUUUCUAUCAGGACACACAUAAUUUUUCUUUUGACCCUCUGAAAAGUUACAGUGGUGGAUCCAAGGGAGGAGCGUGAGGACCCACCCCCCCCCCUAUGUUUAGGCCAAACUGAAUUUUUGCAAAUUCAACAAUAUUAGUACUCUGUAUAUUGUAUUCUGGAUUUAUAUGUUCCUUGAAAGUUCUUGAAUGUCUUGGAAUAAAUAAUGAUUGCCUUGUCUUAUAAAGCAUGGAGUCCUUUAAAAGCGUGAGAACUGUCUCCUUGAAAUUCAUUGAAAAAUCCUUUAAUUCCUGGUCCAAAAAUAUGUGAGAACUCUAAUAAUGAUGUUUUGUUACUUUCACAGAAAAAACGGAAUUCAACCUAGAGACUGCAGACAUAUUGGAAGAAUGGAUAGACACAUACCAUAGCCAGCUUCCUCCACUGAGAAAUUUUAUUCUGCCAGUAAGCGGUUCUGAAUGAAACAUAAACUUAAACCUUUCCAUAUCAGGCUCAAAAUGGUAAUGAACCCUCCCAACAAUAUUUAUUUCCUUUCAGUCAGGUGGCAAGAGUAGUGCAAUGUUACAUGUAG